AGUAGCAGGGGCAGAGCUUCGACGAGAAGAUGGACGACUCGCGCUUGACGGAUUUCGUGACGACGUUCCUGAAAAAGAAGGGCUUCAACGAGGCCGAGACUGCUUUUAGAGCUGAACUUCAACGCAAGAACAAUAACAGCUCCAACAACAAUUCCAUCGACGUACUCAACGAUCCCGAACUCUCCAAGUUCUUUCGCUCCUUCUCCGAAUCAGAGGAUGGUCCUGCACGAUACCAGGAUGAAUAUAGCAAACUGAGGUCAUGGACUUAUAGCUCCUUGGAUCUGUACAAGCAUGAAUUGCUUCAUGUGCUCUAUCCAGUGUUUAUCCACUGUUUCAUGGAUCUGGUGGCUAAAAAGCAUAUCCAAGAGGCAAGAACCUUUUUCAAUAGCUUUCGUGAAGACCAUGAAAUGCUACACUUACGAGACCUUCAGAAGUUGGAAGGGGUUCUUACUCCCUCUCAUCUGGAGGAGAUGGAAUUUGCUCAUUCUCUAAGGCAUAGCAAAGUCAACAUUAAGAUAUGUCAGUACUCCUAUGAGCUUCUGCUGCAGUAUCUACACAAGACACAAUGUACUAAAAUGCUUGGGAUCAUCAAUGAACGUAUUAACUUUGAAGUUUCUCCGGGACAGCCCAGCUCAAUUUCCGAUGAUGCUGAGAUAGUUACACUUAUUGGAAGCAACCAGGAUGCAGCUAAUAAAAUAAAUCAAAAGGAAGUACACUGGGGGUUGCUUGAAGAUUCUUUAGAAAGCCGCUUGGAGAAAACAGGAGGUUUACUAUCAGAUUCUGAAAAAGCAGAAGGAGAAAACAAAGAGGGGGAGGUAGAUGAGAACAAGAAAAGAUCAGUAGAAGGUGGAAAGCAAGGCACUUCAAUGAAAAAGUUGAAGAAGGACAAAGCUAUCAACGCAACAGCAAAAACAUCACGUCCAGAGGCUAACACUGUGCCAGUGGCCCCACGGGUGAAAUCGGAGCUUGCUUUGCCCGUAAUGCCAGUUGAGGUGGAACAGUCUUUUCUUGAAGACUUGAGAAACCGUGUACAGUUGAGCAGUGUUGCAUUGCCAUCAGUCUGCUUUUAUACAUUUAUCAACACACAUAACGGUUUAAAUUGUGCAUCGAUAUCACAUGAUGGAUCCUUGGUUGCUGGUGGAUUCUCAGACUCAUCGUUGAAGGUUUGGGAUAUGGCAAAGCUUGGGCAACAAACUAGAAGUUUGUUGGUGUCAGCCGUUUCGCAGGGUGAAAAUGAUACUACAGCAAAGGAAGAUACUUUAGGGGCAAAUGGUAGCAAAAGAUCUUAUACAUUAUUUCAGGGUCAUUCAGGGCCAGUAUAUUCUGCCAGUUUUAGUCCUCUUGGGGAUUAUAUUCUUUCCUGCUCAGCAGACGCAACAAUUCGAUUAUGGAGCACAAAACUAAAUGCGAAUCUUGUUUGCUACAAGGGUCACAACUAUCCUGUUUGGGACGUUCAGACAGAGGUGGAGUAG